AUGAAUGCUCUACAGCGGGCAUCGUUCAAGUUUGGGGUUGGUGGCGGUGGUGGUGCCCAAUCGCCCUUCUUCCUACACGUGCCCCGAAACCGGAAACCGGCGCUGCGCAGCAGUAAAAGGUACGCAGGUGACUCACCACCAUCGAAGAACAAGAACGCAGGAUCGAAGAACCCCCUUCACAACACGAACACGAAACCACAGAACGUUGAGGAGGCUAGUGGAAAGGAACAGCCGGUGGACAUACCAAUUCAACUAUGGUACCAUCGGCUGGGUCCCGUGUCGACGUUCUUCAGUUGGUUCCACCGCAUGCAGUUGAAGAGACCGUAUACGGUGCAGCUGUGCACGACGCUGACGACAUACUUGUGUGGCGAUCUACUUGCGCAGGACAUUGGGGGAGAGCUCUAUGAUCCCAACCGCACGCUCAGGAUGCUGACUAUUGGAGCCAUCGCUGCUGUGCCAGGCUAUAAAUGGUUCCUCUUCCUCGGCCGCAACUUCAAUUUCACGUCCAAAGCAGCCUCAAUUGCGACCAAAGUCGCAGUCAACCAAGCCGUCUUCACGCCCGUGUUCAACACUUACUUCUUCGGCAUGCAGGCUGUCCUCACGGGCGAAGGGCCUAUGGGUACACUCACAAGGAUCAGAGGCACCGUGCCCAUCAGUAUAGUCAAUUCGCUCAAGUUGUGGCCUGCUGUCACAGCGUUCAGCUUCUGGGUCAUCCCCGCCCAAUAUCGAUUCAUGUUCUCGGGGAUUUUUGCUGUUGCCUGGCAGUGCUACCUCAGCUUCUUGAAUAGGAAGGAAGAGAAGAUUGAGGAGUCAACAGACUCGUUGAGUCAUCCGGUUAUACCUGAAGGGGGGUAG